CAGGACUCCAAUUCCUUCUCGGCAAAAAAUAUCUUCAUCGCCAAUUGCGCUUUUUUUAUUUUAAAGCGCUUUUCCGUCUUGUCUUGCGUUCCUCAGAAUCUUUUGUCUGGUCUUCGCUGCCCAAUGGGCGAUGAGCUCGGCACUGACGAGGUCCCUUUUCCGGCGCAGGCGGCGGGACCUUUAUUAGUAAUCAUCGACGAAAAUCGCCGCGGCCUCCUCCUCCGUAGGAUAACAGAGGAAGGAGGCUUUGCUUUCGUUAGCUCUGCCGAGCUUGCGGCCGCCGGCGAUCUUAGAUCAGCGGAGGCCGCGCGGGAGAUGGCAUGGGAGCAGUUACACUCGGGUCCAUGGGAUGAGGUUGUGCCUACAUGGCGAGACGCCUAUGCGAUGGCCUGCCUCCUAGUGGCGGGCAUCCGUGCUAGCGCCGGCGAUUUAAAGGAAGCGCUCCGGGUGCUUGAUAUGGGGCUUAUCAUGGGUGGUCCAUUGCUCCGCCGAGAACUCGAAGUAGCUGUGGGGAAGAUUUCAGUUAUGUCUGCGUCGAAUCAGGUGGAGUGUUCCAGGAGAAGCAGUUGGUGUGGGUUGGAGAAUUGCCGGAGCUGGAACAUAGAUGAGGUGCUCCAAAUUCUGCCGAGCAGAUCACUGGCAUGUAAGGCUGUCGAGAAACAACCUUCUCCUUCAUUGGAGGCUUUUAUUCGUGAUUACUUUCUGCGUAGCUAUCCAGUUAUAAUUAGCAAUUACAUUGAUCAUUGGCCUGCCCUGACAAAGUGGAAGGAUGUUGACUAUCUGAAAAGUAUUGCUGGUGAUCGAACUGUUCCUGUUGAGGUUGGAAAGAACUAUCUCUCAUCAGACUGGAAACAAGAACUUAUUACGUUUUCUCAGUUUCUUGACCGGAUUCAGACUAAUAUCAGCUCUGCUGAUCUCACAUAUCUUGCUCAACAUCCUUUAUUUGAUCAGAUAAAAGAACUACGCAAUGAUAUAAUGAUUCCAGACUAUUGCUAUGCUGGUGGCGGGGAAAUUCAAUCUCUUAAUGCUUGGUUUGGUCCCCCUGGAACAGUGACACCUCUGCAUCAUGAUCCACAUCAUAAUAUUUUUGCUCAGGUUGUAGGUAGAAAAUACGUAAGGCUUUAUCCAGAAUCCGCGUCCCAGGACUUGUAUCCUCACACAGAGUCUAUGCUAAAGAAUUCUAGCCAGGUUGAUCUUGACAAUUUUGACGCUAAAGAUUUCCCUAGAACAGCAGAUCUAGACUUCCUUGAUUGCAUUUUAGAGGAAGGCGAAUUGCUGUAUAUUCCUCCCAAAUGGUGGCAUUAUGUGAGAUCCCUUUCAACAAGCUUUUCUGUCAGCUUUUGGUGGAGGGCAUCAGACCUUCCCUUUGAAAAUGUGUAAUAAUGAUUAUUCUUUAAUGCAAUUAAGCUGAUUUAUCUGACGGUCCUUGCAACAGUGAAAAGGUUGAUGAUAGUGAGAAUUCAAAGCUGAUUAUGGAGUGAUACAUGGUAAUCAAUGAACAGGAUACACAAUCAAAGGAAACUAGUUUUGCGUACAUUUUAACCUUACAUUUUUAUGGUUUAGAAAAUAUUAUAAUAGUUGUAGCUUAAAACUGUUGAUCCGUUUUAUGAUUUCUAAUUUCAUUGAGAUGUUGAUAUUUAUCUUCUCUAUACUUGUUCAUACAGAAAUAGCCAAUAGAUUUAUAAAUGAUCA